UGUUAAAACCACAGACUAAAAAAAGUAAAUAUUUUGAGAUAAAACAAUUGUCUCGUAAUUUUUAAAAACAUUUGGAACAUCAAGAAAAUGUCUAUAAACUAAUGGUAAUAUUAAACAAACUACUAAAUGUGAACAAAUGUGUGUAAUGUUAGCUGUGGACACACAAUUGUAAUUCACUAAAAGCUCCCAAUUCCCUGCUUCCGAUAUUGCACAGGCUUUAAUUACAGAAUGUCACUAAUUACAGCUGAAUUUCUUAAUUUCGUUAAAAAACUUGAAGAUAAUGAUGACAAAUUAACAUCUAUCUCCCCAAUUGAAAGAACACCAGAAUUUGAAUUCAAUAACUCAAUAUGCUCUGUUUGCAAUGGAUAUUAUGGUCCAAGUUUUGGGGAACCAGUAUGUGUUACAUGCCAUACUUUUUUGUUUCCUGAAUUCCAAUCAUAUUUGCCUUGUUCAUACUUUUGCACUGAAAAGACAGACGAUGGAGACUCUGGAAAUGAUGAACCAUCUGACUUAAUUUUUAGCUCAGAGAAAAAAUCCAACAGAACUUUCCCAAUUCCGGCUUGGUGGCGUAUUCGGACAUCACUAGACAGUGAAACAAGCCCAGAAGACGAUGCCAGCAGAGCUAGUAAUUCUGGACCCAGUGGCAGUGGCAGCUGUGGUUCGGGGUCAGCAGUAAAAGACCCAUUCAUCCCUGGGUAUGCCCCUCCACCACAACCACCUAAUCUUCCUUACACUCUCCAAGCCUUGACUACUCCUCGUCUUCCGGACAAUUUGCCUUUGGGAAUUGUUGAACAUUUGCCAUCAGAAGUGCUACUAUGUAUAUUCCGAUAUCUUGACGACAUGUCGCUCUGCGCCUGCGCAUGUGUUUGUACACGUUGGCAGAGGUUGGUCCGCGCUCGUGUUCCACUUCCACGAUGGGCCACAUUUACAGCUGCCAGAUGGCCUCUGUUUAGACCCAUGUUUACUGACUUUGAUUGGCAACGGAAAUACCAAUCUUUGGUCGAGUCUUGCUUCUGCCGCAAUUGUUUAGUGCAAAUGUGUGUCCAAGCCGCACCCAGCGGUGAAGAAAAUGCUUGGAGGUGGAAUAGACUACGCAGCGAAUUAAAGAUGUUACGCAACGACCCUCCCGAAGGCAUCGCAGCCACGCCCUUGGACAUGAAGUGCUGCCACUGGCAGGCCAGCGUCACCGGACCGGCUGGAUCGCCCUACGAAGGCGGUGUCUUCUUUUUAUACGUACAAGUGCCCUAUUCAUACCCUAUGAGUCCACCGGUGGUGAGAUUCCUAACUCGUAUCCUCCACCCAAAUGUCUCUCGUCAUGGUGAUGUGGGAAUCGACUCUGUCCACCACAAUUGGUCGUUGGCCUUGACUAUCAGUAAAGUCCUCAUCUCCAUUCAGAGCUUACUUACAGACCCUUAUACUAAUGUUUGUAUGGAGCCGGAACUAGGUGAGAUGUACGUACAAGAUCGUCCAAAGUUCGAAGCUCUCGCGCGACAAUGGACCUGGAAGUACGCUAUGCUUGAUGUGUUGCCAUUUUGAAUUGGCUAAAAUUAAGAUUUUAAUAAGUGUAUGUGUUUAUUGCUCUGUACAACCAAUAUUAUAGAAAAGUUUGAUGUUCUUUCAGUAUCAAAACAACUUAUACUUAUUUAUGAGCUCUGAAAGGAAAUAUUAUGUAUACUUGAGUUUUA